UAGUCACGUCUAUGACUUUUCCAAAACGGAUGUCGUUUGAGGAAUGCCUUCCUAAAAAUGGAGGAAGAAGACAAUAAUGACGAUAUAAGGUUCACGUCGAAUUGGAGUGAUGAGUAUUUGGAAAAUAUCAACAUCUCCGAGUAUCCAUUUCCAAAUAACUUGUGGCACGUAAAGCCUGUGAGAGAGAUUGUCAUAAAAUCAUCAAUGAUGGUCAUCGUGGCUGUGUUUGGUAUAUUUCUUAACAUCAUAAUCCUAGUCAUCAUCAUGAAGAACAGGUGGUUAUGGAACACCAGCAAUUACCUUGUUGGCAACUUGGCUUUCAUGGAUUUAUUGACUUUGGUCUUCUGCCCCUGGUUCAUGCUGGUACGCGACUUCUACCAAAACUUCGUUUUGAAAAACUUUGGGUGCCGGUUUGAAGGAUUUAUGCAAGCAUCCCUUCUCCUGGCCAGCGUAGGUGCAGUCAUGCUAGUAUCGUACGAUAGACUGGCAGCCGCUGCAAUGAACUCCGAAGCGAGGAUCACGAAGAAGGCCGCUCCUAGGCUGAUUAUCGGAACUUGGUUCAUAGCAGCUGCUUUGUCAUUACCUUGGACCUUUAAGCGGGAAUACCAGGAACGUCAAUGGUUAGAUUUCUUAGAGAUGUACUGUGCAGAGGAUGCACGUAUUUUGGGUGUUUAUUGGCAUGUACUCCUCACGCUGCUUGUGUGGGUUCCUUUGGGAGUUAUGGUGCUUACGUAUGGCGCAAUCAUCUGGCGUCUGGAAUGUAGCGCAAGGGAACUGUCAUCUCGUGGUGGUGGAAGAACCAUUAGGAGAGCUCGGGCAAGGGCAAUGAGGAUCACAGCUUGCGUCCUGGUUACUGCUUUGGUGUGCAGGCUGCCGUACACUGCCCUAAUUUACUGGAGGAAUAAUAUGACUGAGAAAAUUAAUGCUGUCGAUGGAAGCUUUGCGACCAUGUGGUUUGCUGCGAAUUUUCUGAUGUACUUGAACUGCGCAGCCAACCCGUUGAUCUAUGGCUUUACUAACCCGAGGUUUAGGAAUGCUAUGGACCGGACUCCUGGAGUGGCAUGUUUCAAGUUUGGAAAUUGGUGCUGCGCUUGCUCUAUGUUCAGAAGACCAGACGCCCUCUCCAACUGUAAGAACACAGAUAAGAUCUUCGUAAUAGAAAACUCGCCGCGACCAAACAAGAAGCUAUCAAGAGUGAUCAAGAACAUGCUAAACAUCAAGAAAGAAUCCGUGGAGUUCAGCGUCAAAGUCGACGAGGUUACCACAAAACCCACUAAAGUGAUGACAUUAAAAAUGGAUAAUAUUUAGACGUUUAUCAAAAUAGAAGUAACUUACAUUUUUGUAAUGCUUAUUUGAAACUUCACACCGAAUGCACGUCUAGAGACUUUUGUCGCAACCCUAGGCAUACAGUUCAGUGUCAUUGUUGCCAAUUUACAUUGAAGUUUAUGGGUGCUCGUAAUUUUUUGACAAUUCCUGGCCUUCUCCCCUCCGCCCUUUCUAAGAUGAUUGCUUCGCGUUUCCUACACUUCCUUACUAGCUAUCCUCUCCAAACUUUCCUCCAUGCCUCUGUAGUUGCUAAGCCAGGGGAUUUCAGUAUACCAUUCGCAGGUCUCCCCCUAGGUUGACUGCGGGGUCCGAUACUCGAAAAAAAAUUUGAAACUAGCAAGUUCUUGCAGCAAUAUAUUACACUAGAACUUCGAGAUUUACACUACCAGCAAUAACUUAAUAGUCGUAUUGACACGCAACUUUGCGCAAGUCCAGCAAGCAUCAAAAUUUACAAAAUCUAACUUGCCGUGAUUUAUUGCAUAUUAUAAGAUACUUGUAAAAAUAGAUUUCUUAAGAAAAGUAAAAAAACUUUUUUCCUAAAGAGAAGGUUGCAUUUUUCAUUUUAUACACUACGGCAUUUUAUACACUUUUAUACACAAAACGGCAAUAACCGCAAAUUAUUAGUUUGUAAUAGUAAUUUCACGUCUUUUAGUACAUGUUUAAGGUUUUAAAAUUUUUUCUAUGCUGUAAUAAUCGGUUGCACAAAGUUAUUGAGUUUUAUUUUUUAUUUUUUGAUAUCUACGUACU